AUGAACACUGUACAGCCUGGUAACAGCAAGCCCAUGUACACUGUACAGCCUGGUAAUAGCAAGCCCAUGAACACUGUACAGCCUGGUAAUAGCAAGCCCAUGAACACUGUACAGCCUGGUAAUAGCAAGCCCAUGAACACUGUACAGCCUGGUAACAGCAAGCCCAUGAACACUGUACAGCCUGGUAACAGCAAGCCCAUGAACACUGUACAGCCUGGUAACAGCAAGCCCAUGAACACUGUACACCCUGGUAACAGCAAGCCCAUGAACACUGUACACCCUGGUCAGAUUGCUUGCCGUAUUCCUAGACAGUCAAAUAUGAGAAGUCAUCAUGAUGAUAAUGUUCCAAAUGAUGAUGAUGAUGAUGCCGACCCCUCUGCUGCUGCUUAUAAUGAUGAUGAUGAUGAUGGUGAUUGUGAUUGUGAUGGUGAUGGUGAUGAUGAUG